CGUAUUCAGAAACGACUAGACGAACAACAGCUCACAUGACCCUCCGCAAAAGGGAAAAGGAUUUUCAAUUGGACAAUUAAAAUUUGGAAAGACAGUAUUGGAUUUAAUCAUCCUGGAUUAAAGGAAUGUUAGUGGAACGUUUACAACAAUAGGAAAUUGUACAAAUGCAAAAUAAGAACCCUUUUCUCCCAAAACAAGUGAGAGGACCUCAUCAGCUGUUCAUGAUGCCCUACUUAGAGACUGAUAAGACUUGUCACAACUGCUGACCUCCACUUCACUGGUUAAUACUGGCUUUCUACUGACACAUCUGUGUGACACACGUGUGAAUACGAGAAAUAGCCACCAACUUUGUAUGACAAUGACACCUAUAUCGAACAGUGAAAUGCUUAAUCAGUUUCUGGAGGACCAAGUACAGAAUGGAAGUAUCAACCAAAGUGACAGCACCAGCAUCCCCACAAGCCUACCAUCACCCAUACAACAAGCCGCCCCCCAGGCUCUCCUCGAGCAGGACCUCAUCACAAACUUGCUGCAGCAAUCUAACGGUGACCAGAGGCCCCAGCAAAUCAACACCCAGGUCCUCAACUCACAUCCCACAAUCUGUGCAGAUUUACAAGAUGGAAGUCAGCUGUUCAGUAACCUAUUGAAGCCUCCUGAUACAAGUGCUCCUCCCAAUAACACUUCCAUACAGUCUGUCAAUCUCUCUGAACAGAGUAUAACGGAAGUGCUGCAGCAGAUGUUGUCCUCCAGCCAGCCCAAGAUGACCCAGGAGACGGGUCACACAGAAACUGUACCAAUGAUAGCCACCACUUUUUCUUGUACCAAUACCAGCAAUUCAGGCUUGUUAAAUAAUGUGUUUUCAACAGAAGCUGUUACCAUGGUGACAACAAACAGCAUCACAACUGGAACAUUCACGGUCAAUCCAACAACCUCUGUGCCAAUGACAAAUUCAUGUAUUAUAAAUGUACUUCCUAGUGAUGCUAAUUUGAUACCUGUGAAAAGUGAGCCUGUUCCACCAGGAGGCCAGGUUGCAUGUGAUUUCACUGUGAAAUCCUGUGAAGCUCCUCAUCCACCAUCAACUGAAACUGGGAACCAGAGUCAGCAGCCAACUAUUACUACUAGAAUGGUUAAUAAUGCAUCUUCAAACGACAUGAAAAUAGUUCCCAAUCCGAUGCCGGGGCAACAGCAACGUAUGGACCUUCCCGCUGACCUGGCGAACGUGAAACUACAAAUGUUCUCACCUGUCUCCUCCUUGCCAUCAGGUAAUAUAGGUCCGCAAUCUGUCCUUGAGUCCAUCACAAACAGACAAACCAAUACAGAGGCCCCGACGUCUGAUCCACCUGCCUCCUUCAGCCAGAGUCCUUUCACAGCCAGCUCCAACCUAGUCACGACUAACACCACAAACUUUCUCAAUGUGGAAAUCCCGGACCAGCAGCAAUCCACCAUUUCCAGUGAGAUUCGGGAGAUACUGAUGAUGGACACAAGUAAACAGGAUUUAUCGCUACAAAUGAACACUGGCCGAAGUGAGCAUUCGAUGCUGAGACAAAUGUUGACUAAUAACGAAGUUGACAAUAGUAGUCUGAGCCCAAGCCCUGUGUCGAGCCCUGAAGAAAAUGUCCCGGAAUCAGCUUCCUCAAUAUCAUCUCCCAAUAGCGUUUUCCAUGACCCUACCAGUCAGCUGACACUCAUCAACAGGUCUGCCGAACUGCAUCUACAAGAUGACGAUGCUGCCAAUGAUUUGUGGAAUACAGCAACUUUCAAGCAGGACCCUGUCGAAGCUGACGUCCCCAACAAAGUCCAGAAGUCCUCACACAACUCUGAUGCACACACAAGUCUACAGUCGGAGAUAUCGGUUGAGAAGUUGUUUGAUGCAGGAGGGGCAGAAUCCACGAUGAACUUUAAGUUUACCAAGUUUGGACAGGAAAACCAAGCUUUGUUUACUUUUGGUUCGAACACUCAGACUGUUAGCCCGAGUCCUGCAGACGCCAGGCCAGCUCAGCACCUCACUCCAGCACCGACAGAAACUGGUUCCCUCAAGUCUAUGGCCCCGCCUAUACAGAGGCCUCGCAAGGUGAAGGACACUGGGUUGGGGGCACAGUUCCCUGCUCGUACCCAGCAGUAUGAGUUGCGGAUAAUAUCGCAGCCGGAGGAGCAGCACCGAGCACGUUACCUGACCGAGGGCAGUCGUGGGGCAGUCAAGGACCGUUCCCAGCAGGCACAUCCUGUCAUAAAGCUUAUUGGCCACAGCGACAUUGUGAGUCUCCAGGUGUUUGUGGGUAAUGAGACUGGGAGGGUGAAGCCUCAUGGCUUCUACCAAGCCUGCAAAGUGUGUGGCAAGAACUCCACCCCCUCUAGGGAGAAGGAAAUAGAUGGCACUGUGGUUAUAGAAACGGAAAUGACACCAGCAAGUGAAAUGACAGUCAGUGUGGACUGUGUUGGCAUCCUUAAACUCCGUAAUGCGGAUGUGGAGAAGAGAAUUGGAGUUGCUAAAGCUCGGGCAAAGAAGAAAAACAGCACAAGGGCACGGCUGAUAUUCCGAGUUACCUUCCAAAAACCUGACGGCAACUUCCAGACACUUCAAGUGGCAUCAUCACCCAUCAUCUGCACCCAGCCAGUGGGUCAGCCUGAGAUCAGCCGGAUGAGUCUGGAAGAGGUGCCGACAACUGGAGGUCAGGACCUGUUCAUCAUCGGGAAGAACUUCCUGAAGGGCACCCAGGUGAAGUUCCAGGAGAUCUCUGUGGAGGAUGGCAAGACGCUGUGGGAGAGGGAGGCUGAAAUCGACCAAGAGUAUUUCCAACAGACACAUUUAAUCUGCAAGAUUCCUGAGUACCACCUGAAGAGCAUCUCGAAACCCAUCUUGGUGCAGAUCAUCAUCCACUGUCGAGGGAAGAUCAGUGACCCCCAGGAGUUCUAUUACAACCCAUUGCCGACCCAACAAGUGGAAGUUCCAAUGGAAACAGAUCAGAGUCAGAGCAAGAAUGCCUUGCCAUGUGUUUCACCAGUUGCUCUGGAGUUGAACCGACUGGUGGAAAGGACUCAGAGCACCCCAACUACCAACGCCAACCUGUUCCAACUACCCCCGGGGACUGUUGAUGGCAUCACCCCCAUUGCAGCUGUCCAGCAGGGGAUCCCCACCCAGGCAGUACAGCCCUUUGUCAAGCAGGAGAUGGUCACCACACCCAUGGAGACCUCGCAGCAGCAGCAGCAGCAGCAGCAACAACAGCAACAGCAACAGCAGCAGCAGCAACAACAGCAGCAGCUGCCACAACAGCAGCCACAGGUUGCCAACAGUGUGUUCAGCAAGACCCUGUUUGAGUUACUGAAUGCUUCAAACCAACAGGUUCCACAAACACUGCAGACAGGAGCGAGCCAGCCCAACUCUCAGAUCAUUCUUGUGAGUAACAAUGGCCAGCCAAACUCGGUCACUACAGAGGCGAACGUAGCCAACCAGCAGAUACAGGGCAUGAUGCAGUCCUCACCAAUGAUUGUCAUCCUCCCAGGAAACUCCAACAACACAGCAGCAGCAACAGCAGCUCAAAUACAGGCUCAGGCUACACUGAAUAAUGUACCAGUGGAGUCAAUCUUGAAGUCACUUCUUGGCCAUCAGGGAGGUCUGACAUAGAGACUAUCAAGGUUCCUGCACAGCUUGGCCCUCACGGACAUGACUGACCAACAAGUGACCAUUGUUUGGAGAAGUAUCCUGGUGAGGUGGGUCAGGGCAGUCCAUGCCACAGACUGUCUGUCGGGGCAACGCAGCUUUGUUGCAUAUUACAUAGAGGGCCUGGUACUGCCAGCUCUCUGUUCAUAGGCAGCUAUGUUUUCAGCAUUUCCUUUUAUUUGUAAUGUUAAGGGACCUUUGAGUUCAUGUUAGGGUUGUUGAAUGUGCGACUUCAUGUUUGUUAAUGCUUCAUCACCAAGUUUGUGACGACAUAACAAAGAAUGCUAACAAUGCAGUCAUGUGAACAUCUUGAUAUCAUAUCCCAUUGAAUGUUCAUAGUAGCUGGGAACAUUACCAAAAAUAAAUUUGUUCGUCAGUCAGCAGAAUGUAAUCUUUUUGGGGAUGUGAGAAUGGUGUAUUUUACCAGAGCUUGGUACUACAGUGUAACCGUUUCAUCACUGCCAAAGAGACAGUUCAGAAACACUUGCCAGAAGAUUACACACUUGUCUUUACUUUACAUUGGAUCGACUACUUGACGGAAUACAACAUUGAUUUUCAGUUUGAGGAUACAUAUAUGCAUGCAGCAGAUAAUGGGGUGUAUUGAAACCAACUGGGAUAUGGGAUGAAGUUGAAAUAGCCCUAAGUCUCUGGCAGAUUAUCAUGUCAUUAUCCUGAUGGACAAGUAUUGGGAUCAUAUCAAACCGUAAACAUCGGAAAUAUUACUUUGUGAAUUUAAUCAUAUCAUGCUUAAUAGACUUGAUGCAUAAUUUUUGUAUGAAGCAGUUGCUUUCUGUUUGUGUGUUUUGAUGUAUUUGUCUGUAAACACAAUCAUUGGCUAAUACACACUGUACUUGUUCUGUGGGAAAACAACUUUUUGUUUUGUAGUGCUCAAAGCACAUAGCGCUUCACUUAUUAACUUUGUUGUUUUUACCCAAUACUUUCUAUAUAAUAUUUGUAUACUUUUUACCAAGUAUUGGCAGUGUGUAACUGACGCACUAACACAGUCCAGCACAGCCAAAGAGGGUGGGAGAAAUUCCUUCUCCCAACUUAUUUUAUAUGUUGUGACAUAACUACAUGGGCGUAAACAUGAAUUAUGAACCAUACAAAUAUCAUCACAACAAGUGGUUAAAAUAUUGACAAAAUUGUUAUUGUUCAAAUUAUUGUUUUGGCUGGUGUACUGACAAGGUAAGGAUACUCAGACUAUAUUUUCAAUGUCCGGAUUCAAAUGCAUAACAUUUUUCUUAUUUAUUCCACUUUCAUAAAAGCAUGUCAAAAUAUGCAUGUGCAGUUUUUCAUAUUCCUAAAUGUGUUUGUGUCUCAUUACAGUUUGUUGCAAAAAACAUUCAUUGAACUCAUUCCAUAUGACAUUGUCCAGUUGUGUUGAUUUUGUUGAAGUGCUCUAACUGUUUCCAGUGUUGUCACUGGCACAUCUUCCCAAGGUAAGGGAGUUAACUCAUUAUUAUCAAAGUCUAGUUUCCACCCUUGGUGAACUAGGCUGGAAUUAUGGAGUUAUUUUUUAGCUGGACUAACGAGUCUAUGCAUAGUCAAAUCAAUUUGUAAAU